AUGAUGAAGUCGUAUAUUAUUUAUUUUGUAAUUUUAUUGCUGGGUGUUUACUUCGCAAUAGGCUUUGACAACACAAUUGCUAAAGUCAUCAUUCAGCAGUAUCCAUGGAUUGGGGCCACUUCCGAUGUUCCAAUUAAGUUAGUUGGAGAAAAGGAUGCCGAGGUUUUUACACUCAUUGAAAAGAAAAGGCAGAAACAAAUGAUAGAGGAGUUGAAAACCAAUGACCACAUCCCUCCUCAAUUUAUCUAUCCGGAGUAUCAGCAACUUGAUAAGCAUCUAACGAAACGUUUUGGUUUGCCCUUUACCUAUAAACGAUUCAAUGCUUCUACCUAUCAUUACAUUCCCUAUGGGUAUAAUUAUACAUAUUUAGCACAACCUAAGAACUUUUGCUCAGAAGACACUUUCAUGGUUGUUAUGAUUAUGUCCACUGUCAAGAAACCCGAAGAAAGAAAAGUAUUGAGAGAAACUUGGUUUAAAGACAAAGUGGUUCACGGACAAAAGUUGAAAUAUCUAUUCAUCGUUUCUUCCAGUCCUGAUCCUGCAGUUAAUGAAGCAAUCGAUAAAGAAGCGUUGGAAUACAACGAUAUAUUACAUAUGGAUCAUUUAGAUUCAUACAACAACAUCACAAUGAGUAUAAUGAACACUUUCAAUUGGUUACAUCGAAACUGUAAAUCGAUCAAAUACAUAUUGAAAGGCGACCCUGAUUCAUAUUUCAAUACUCCAAAAAUCGUAAAAUGGUUAUUGGAUCUACCUCCCGAGAAACAACAUCGAUUAUAUCAUGGAUAUUGUGUGAUGUUAUCAAAAUUUGAACGAAAUCCGAACAAAGAAAAAUAUGUUCCAUUAUUAGCAUCUGCAUCCGAUAUGAUAUGGCCUUAUUGUGUUGGUGUUGGUUAUGUGAUAUCAUCGGAUUUGUUGGCUCCGCUCGUUUUAGCAUCUCGUCAUUAUAAUACUAUAUAUUAUAAUGAAGAAAUGAAUGUGGGUUUAUCAAACAUGAUAUUGAAUGUGACUCCCUAUCGAUAUCAUGACUAUCAGUGGAGCUUCUUGGAUGAGAACAUUUAUUCUCAAAGUUCGGUUUGUCGCUGGAGAGAACAUUUCGGUCUGAAGCAUGUUCCCUUGAGUGACUUACGAAAAAUAGCCAAGCAAUUUGAAGAUCCAUCGGUUCUUUGCUAA